GAGAAGCACGAGAGUCUUUAUGUUUAUUAUAAGAAAAGAAACGAAACAACGCAAAAGAAAACGAAGCUACAAACAAGUACCCACUGAAGUAGUGGUCGCAGAAGAAAGAAGAUAGACCACCAUAUUAACCAAACAAGCUUCAUCCAUGGCAGAGCUCGACACUUCAGACGCACUAAUGCCCAGAGUUCUAACGUUUCUCUCGUCUCUGCUGGAGCGAGUUGCCGAGUCAAACGACCUGAACCGGCGCUUCGACUCCCAAAAGAUCUCCAUCUUCCAUGGCCUGACCCGACCCACCAUCUCCAUCCACAGCUACCUCCAGAGGAUCUUCAAGUACGCCAAUUGUAGCCCUUCUUGCUUCGUCGUGGCCUACGUUUAUCUUGACCGCUUCACUCAGAGCCAGCCAUUGUUGCCCAUCAACUCCUUUAAUGUCCAUCGCUUGCUCAUCACCAGCGUCAUGGUCUCCGCCAAGUUCAUGGACGAUUUGUAUUACAAUAAUGCAUACUAUGCUAAAGUUGGAGGAAUAAACACAGCAGAGAUGAACCUACUUGAGGUGGACUUCUUGUUUGGUUUGAGCUUUCAAUUAAAUGUGACACCUACAACCUUCCACACCUACUGUUCUUACCUUCAAAACGAAAUGUUACUUCAGUCUCCUCUAGACACUCCUAAACCUAUUAUUAAGAUUCAUUGUUGCUUCAAUGAAGAUGAAUCUACCCACCAAAAAGAGCUAGCUGUUUAGCCAUUUUUGGGCAAUCAAAUAGAAUUUGGAAUGCUUAUUUAAUAUAUAUGUUUUGAAUCAGAUAAGUGCCAAUAUUUUUUUUGGGUUCAAAGUUACACAACCCCAUUUGAGUUUGGCCAAGUGAAAACGAAAAAACUAGUAAGAAGUCAAAACUUUCUCAUUUGACUUGCCUUUUAAGCCAUAUUAUAGUUCUGGUAAAACCAGCUCAACUCAUCAACCGGUGCACUUGCUGAAAGACUACUCGACAUGUCUUGACUAAGCUUUUUUUGUUUUGUUCACUAUCUUCCCAAUCUCUACGUCUACUAUAUGCUUUCAAUUUUGAUCUUUUUUCUCUUCAAGUAAUGAAUUUUGGAUAAUGAAUA